AUGCUCAAUAUGAAGACUUCUUUGUGCACACGUUGCAAGACUCAAGCUUUGUGCACACGUUGCACAUCUGGGAUCGCAAGUGAGGCUUGUAGCAUUGAGGUGUUAUGCAGAAUUCCUAGUAUUGCAAAGGAUUUGACCCAGCUAAAGAGGACCGGCGAGAACUUUAGCUUAUGGGAACGAGAGCUGAAAGUCAUGAUACGCAACCUUUCUGGGUCAUCAGACUACCUACAACACGAAUUCAACAAGUACGAUCCGAGGUUAAACCAAGCAGUUUUCAAUCUCAUAUUCUGGUCAAUUGACAAGGAACUUCAACACGCUAUUAACAUUGAUGGGUCUGCCGGAGAAGCCUUUCAAUUCUUGACUGAUCGAUUUCAAUCGGCCCCUUCGACUCAAUGUAUCAUGAAUCGGGUCGAUCUUCCCGAAGAAAUAUUAGACAACAUUGUAAACAUCAUUUACCUUUACUCUACCAAAGAGGACAGCACUAUGCGGAGAAGAAAAAAUGAGAGAAUAACAUGGGACGAAAAUCUGGGCCAGGAGGAAGGAGUAUCCAAUCAACUACCGCCUCUCACUACCUUUCAAAGCCUGGCAGUGGUCAAUCGAAAGUAUCAUAGGCUCUGUCUUCCUAGAAUGUGGCAGAAACUCUGGUUUCCGACUUCGUCGCCUGAACCCUUGUCGCGUUGGACAGAAGGCCUACUCUUGAACCACGGGAGGCUAGUCAAGACUUUCAAGUUUGAAUUAGAAGAUUUGUUGCUUAUCGACAAUGCCUUUGGAGGAGAGUUCAGAAGAAGUACUUACGAUAACCAAGUGAUACCCGAAACCUUAGAAGACUUGACGCUCUAUUUAAGAUGCGGGAUUGGACUGAUGAACAUUCAAAAGAUCUUCAAUGCCUGUCCUCGUCUAGAGUCGGUAUCAAUGGACAUUCGAGAGAAGUCAUAUCUCUCACAAUUGUCUUCUCCCAUGAAAUCCCGCUUGAUAGGUCUCUUUGGACUUAUCCCUCAACUUCAACAUUUGGAUCUGUGGAACCUUCACUGGGGCUUACAUCUUCCAGGCGAAUUUGUGAUUGAUGUUCUCAAAGAGCUACCGUCUCUUGUAGCAUUGGAACUCCGCCGCUUCCAAUUUGUUGAAAAAUCAUCAAUAGAAGAAUCUUUGGGAUGGAACCUGGCCCAGCUGCAGAACCUUCGCAAAUUACGUCUCGAAGAUGUCACUUGCAAAGAUCAAACUUGGAACUUGAACUCUUGGCCUCGACAGCUUACAUCGCUUGAAAUCUACUGUCGUCGCGGGUUAACACCUGUAAUGGUGCACAACCUCCUCAGCGGGUCUGCACCCUGUCUUACUAGACUCAGGUUACAGUUUGACUAUCGGCCAGAAGAAUCAGAUGUCGAUAUUCUGACUGACCUCCCCGCUCUUAAACAACUCAUUCUAGGGGUCCCAGGUUUCUCCCUUACAAGCUUUAAAGGCUGCAAGAAUAUCGAAUCGAUUGACUAUAAGCGUAUAAUGAACAGCGAUCGAUGGGACAUGGUGAAGCAUAUUUUGUGUACAUAUCCAUGGCCCAAACUCUCAGUUUUGAAUCUUUAUACAACAACAAUCGACAGUCCCAAUAAUUGGAGACGGCUAGAUAAGAAGGAUGUGGAUGAAAUAUGGGAUGCUUUCAACAUCAAACUCUUGAUCAGUACAAGCUGCUACUAG